AUGGACUGCACCACACUGGCACCGGAUCUACCGGCUAGUCCUCAAAUUCUUUUGUGCAACCUACGCCUUCUGGGAUUUGACUUUCUGCGCUUUGAAGUGCCCAAUGAUUCCGUGAAACUAGGGCGUCUACUGCGACAUCCGCCAAAAAUUGCGAUCGUCCGCUUGGUCUCGUUUCUGCUUGGACGACUGGAUCAGAAACGCUUUUCUCAGUUUCUUGAGCCUCUUCUUAUACAGUACAAUUGCAGGGUCGACGUACUUGUUAAAAAUAUACUUUUCAAGUGGUUAAAAGAACUACCAGGGAACUUGAAGUUGACGCGAAGUUUCUCCCGCUUUUGGAGUGCUCCAAGUGAAACAAUUAUCUAUCAGUUUCUCCUCUCGCUGUCGUCGUAUGUACUGCAAGUAACAUACAAAGUAAGUUAUGAAAACGACAUCUUACGCACCUUGCAUAAGCUGGAAGAUCUGUCAAACGUUAGUGGUCAGGAUAACCUUCUUACACUCACAGAGGAGCACGUGUCUUCGUUUCUAGGAUGCUUUGAAGAAAUUCACACAGAACAAAAGAAAACAGAAGCCUUUAUGAGCUAUUCGCUGUCUCUAUCACAAUUGCUAAAAGAAGAGCUCGCACUCCAGGCUCCCUGUCGUAAGGACUGCUUGGAGUAUUUAAUUUCACAGAAAACCGACUCCAGGUGA